AUGUCCUGCAGCGGAGGCGGCUGCGGCCCACAAAGCCUCUUCCCGAACCCCAACCAGCGCGGCAGCUCAGGCGCCGCCUACCAGGUGACCGGCCCGCGCGCCGCCGCCCCCGUCGCCCGCCGCCCGACCUACUUCAACCCGACGCUGCACCGCAUCUCGGUGAUCGCACAGAACCCGACCGCCAUCUCGCCGCGCGAGCUGGGCGUCCUGUCCAUCGUGCUCUUGGCCCUCUACAAGGGAUUCUUUGUCGCGGCCUCGGCCGACCGCCUGCUGCGCCUCGAGCCCGUCGUCGCCGUCUGCCCGCUCGACGCCGCGCUCCCCUGCGUCUGGCGGUACCUGCGCAUCCUGUUUGGUCUGUUUGCGUACCGCUGGCUCGGGGACGUGUUGCCGUGGGCGUUUGUGGCGGCCGUCGCGGUGUUCUUUGGCGAGGAGGCGCUCGGGAUGCUGAGGGGGAGGGGGCGGAAGUAA